AUGUCCACCACCGUCAUAUGUAGGUACAGCCAGCACAGACACACCAUCAGUGUGCAGGACAUCUCCCACUUGCUGGCUAGUAUCUUUGAAGACCUGUACACUGGAGAUGUUUUUGGGGUGGACCUGGAAACAAAUUGGAUCAAAUCCAGAGGAGGAGACAAUGUUUAUCAUGAGAGUUUUACAGAAGAGCUACAGAAGCUUCUUUCUGAGUAUAAAUGCCGACUGACAGAAGCUGACAUAGUGGAAGAGAACAUCAUUCAGGCCCAGCAUCAAGCAAAAGCUGAAGAAGAAAGGGCCUUAAAUGUGCUGAAAGCAGAUGUGGGGGAAGAUUUCCAAAAAAUGGAAUUGCCAUCAGUGGCAUCCUCUUUUAGGUGGAUUGUGGAUAAUGAACUUCUCAGAAAAAAUAAUUUGACCUGCCCUGACGAUUACAUUACUGAUAAAUUACCUGUUACUAAAGCACCAAAAGGAAGAUCAGAACCUGGCUACAUCAAAGAGACAUUUAGUUUUAAACAGCGUGUUUCUUCAGGCUCACAGAAUCAGAAAACUAAUGCCUCACAGAAGUUAGCCUGGAAAGACAAGAAGGGCAAAGCAGGCAAAGAAAGUGAGCAUGCCAAACUUGAGAAAAAACAGAAUUACUUGAAGAACCCCCGCUUUUUCCCAUCAAAUGCUCUUCAUGGAGGAAAAUCUCUCAUCAUUUCUCAAGAAAAGGUGGAACAAACCAUAGCCAGAGGAAAAGCAGAAGAUAAUAAAGGUGAUACCUCAUUUGUUCCCGUGUUUCUUGCCAAUCCACCUACUGUUUUGUUUUCUGAUUAUGAAGUUGGCCAAGUUUAUGAGAAAACUAUAGAGCUGCAGAACAUCACUUCAACAUGUCAGCAUCUAAGACUUGUACCCCCUUCUACUUCAGCAUUUGCCAUUGGACCAGGAAAAUUUCCAGGAAAAGGAGGAAGGAUUGCUCCUGGAAUGCUAUGCCAGUACAUAGUUCAAUUUAUUCCUGAAUAUCUAGGAGACUAUGAAGAUUGUGUAUCAGUUGAGACUCAAGUAUCAGAACCUCUUCUGAUCCCCAUCAAAGCUAAAAGAACACCUCCAGUGUUAAUGUUGCCUCCCAUUAUAGACUGUGGUUCCUGUCUUGUUGGAGGGAAAAAAGUAACAACGAUUUUGAUCAGAAAUGAGGGAAUUAGCUCUGGGAAGUUCUAUAUCAUGCCAAAGAAAGACUGGCCACCUGCUCAUUUCAGGGCUGUUGCCACUGCUGGUUUUGUGAUACAAGAUCCUUUUGGGAUCCGUCCUGCUGAUUUUGAGCUAGCACCAGCACAGAGUACAACAGUAGAGGUGGUGUUUUUCCCUUCUUUUCCAGAAGUCUCUCAGCAAACAUAUACCAUUGUUUGUGACAAUUGCCAAGUCCGUGAUGUGACAGUCACAGGAGUUGGACAGCUGACAGCUCUGGAGCUUUUGUUUGUCACGGGUGGAGAAAGCAAACCUGAACCUGGUGAAGUUACUGAUGUAACAGCACAGCACCUCAUACGAUUUGAGCCCCAAAACCCCCACACCACCGAGGAGAAGAAACUGGUUAUGAGAAACUCUACCUAUGUAGAACUUCCUUUUUACUGGCAGGUGAGAAAGCCGAACCUGAAACCGUUACUACCAGAAGAAACUGCAAACUUUUCUAUGAAGCUCAAACACAGUCAAGACACGGAGUCAGCCUUUUCCCUAAAUCCUGAGCAGGGAGUUUUGCUUCCCAAUGCAGAUCAUGAGUUUAUCCUCACUUACACUCCACAGGAGCUGAAGAGUUAUCACAGUGUGAUUCAGGUGGUGCUGAGGGACAUUCCACAACCACCCUGUUUAGUAAAAGAGAGGAUGCUUCAAAACAUCCCAGAAUACAAAGCAGAGGAUGUAACAGCACUGGAAAUAGAAGUUAAAGGAUCGACAGAACCAUUUCAUCUUCUUCUCGAACCAUAUGCAAUCAUCAUCCCUGGAGAAAACUUCAUUGGUGUAAAUGUCAGGAAAACAUUUAAGAUGUGGAAUAACAGCAAAUCAUUGAUCAAGUACACAUGGGAGAGAAUCAUAUCCUGUAACAUUGUGGAAGUUGAACCUCAUGCUGGCACAAUAGGUAGUAAUGAGUGUUGUGAAUUUGAACUGGCAAUUACUGGGAGCAAACCUGGGAACACCAGCUGUGACCUGCAGUGUAAGAUUGAACACUGUCCAGAGCCAGUUGUAUUGCAUGUAGAGGCUGCUUUUAAGGGUCCACUUCUCUGUAUCGAUACUCCAUCGCUCUGGUUUGGUUUGAUUAAGCAGGGUGAGAGUGUAUCAAGAACCUUUGAGAUUAAAAAUCUAUGUCAACUGCCAGCACGAUGGAGAAUGAGAGAAAGCCAGGUUUGCCUAGCUGAAAGGAAUGAAGAGGUAUCUCCCUUUACCAUUCAACCAUCUGCUGGGGAAAUACCUCCUUUGGGGAUCUGCAUUGUGUCAGUUCAGUUCACAUCACUGCUGUGCCAGCGUCUCCAGACAGUAUUAGAACUAGAGGUAGAAAAUGGAGAAGGAAGUCAUCUUCCUGUUUUUGUUGAAGUUCAGACCCCCCAAGUGUGCCUGAUAUCUAGUCAUCUUGUAUUCAGUGAAAUUUAUACUGGAGUUCCUGCCAAAGCAACCAGCAAACUUUUUAACCAGACACUGCUGCCAGCAAAAUACUUAUGGGGAAAGCUCAUUGGAAGUCAGGCAGCUUUGUGCUCCACCACUGUCUCCCCAACCAGUGGCACCUUAGGCCCAAAUGAAGAAAAAGAAUUCUGCAUGGAGCUGUCAGCUAACAUCACUGGUGAGCUGAAAGACCUUGUCCUUUCCUGUAGCAUAGAAGACAUGACUGAACCCCUCUUUCUCAGCAUUUCUGGAGAAGUAAAAGGACUGCAUAUCACCUACUCAGUAUCUCAUGACAGUGGAUCAAGUGCUGAAAGAAAAAUGUUGCAGAGCCCUUGUGGUCUUUUGGACUUUGGAUCUGAAGUUGCACUCAAAGACAUAGUGAAGUGCCAGCUAAUUCUGACAAAUCACACUGGCAUCAGUGCUCCCUUCAAAGUAGAAGCUGAGUAUUUUACUUGCUACUCACUUACUCCAGAACCAAGCUCCUCAAGCUACCUGGUGGAAAGAAGAGGGCCUGUCAGAAAAAGUGCAGCCAGAAGAGCACAGUCAGAGUUUGCAGCAGCAGUGCUGUCUCAUGGGAAGGGAGUAGCUUUCCACGUACAACCUUCCACAGGAACUCUGCAAGCCUUCCAGCAGCUAAUCAUAGAAAUAACAGCUUAUAACAACAUGUGGGGAGAGUACUGGGAUGAUCUUGUCUGUAAGGUGGGAGACUUACAACCUAGAUUAAUUCCUAUGCAAAUGACGGUGAAAGGCUGUCCAAUCUUCCUACAGAUGACAGGACCUCAAAUAGAGCAACCCAUUAUCAGGUUUGGCACUCAUGUCUCUGGAGGGCCUCCCAUCUCCCGGAGGGUCCAGCUCAACAAUCCCACUCCUUUUGACAUCCGCUUGGACUGGGAAAUUUACAACCAAGAGCAAGAUGAUAAAAAGCUAGUGGACCUGUUGAUGUUCUUUGGAGACCCUUUUCCUCUGAAGGACAGGGAUGGAAAUGAGACUGCAUCAAUUGGUAGCACCUCGGAGUCAGAGAUCAUGCUGAAGUGGGACGAAACUGCCAUUCCCUGUGGAAGCAUUUCACAAGCCACAGAUGAGCCUUCAGCCCCUGACAGCGGAGAGAAGGAAAUCAUCCCUCAAGAACCUAUGAUACAGAAAAUUGUCUCUGUGCUUAUUCGGCCUCAUGAAGGGGUUCCUGCAGACACCCCCUAUUCCAUUACUCCAAGACAGAUAGUGGUUCCAGGUUGUGGCAGUGUCUCUGUUGGCAUCUCCUUCACCCCAUAUGUUCUACCCGAGACCGUGAGUGAGGUGCAGUGUGAAGGGUUUGUGCUGGGUUUCAUGAGCCUAGAUGACAAGCUUGCAAGGACAGUGCCCACCAAAGUCCGUCGUAGACAUGGCCUUGAAGCUGCGCCACUACGAGUCGACCUGCAAGCGGCUGUAAGGCACGCACUGUUAAAAGUAGACACAGAUCAUGAAAGAGGAAUGGUGUUUUAUUCAGUGGCAAGUGAUCUCGUACCAGAUCAGCCUCUAUUAGGAGUUUUGACAGAUUCAGUAAUGACUCAGAGUUUGAAACUCAUCAAUUGCACUAAGGCUCCUCUGUACUUCAGGCUCCUUCUGUGUACGCCCUUCAGCCUGUCCAGCACAGAUCCUCAAAAGAGCACCAAAACAUCUCACAGCAAGAAAGAGGAAAAAGAACAGCAACCACAACUUGUACUUCAUCCCCAGCAAAACAUGCUGGUGAAAGUGUCAUUCCACACAACUCCAAAGUUACUGACGUAUCAGCAUUUGCCAGAUGCUCAGCUGCUUCCUGGACUCCAAGUGCUCCAGUUAGAGAAUGGGGAGAGAAAGAUGAAGUUUCAUCAAAAUCUGGUCAUUGAACACAGUAACCACACCACCCAGUUGGUCCCUGUGACUGCAUACCUCACUGUUCCAGUGCUGGAGCUCUCCUGCAACACAGUGGAUUUCAAGACCUGCUUUGUUGCCCAGACCAGGACUGAACACGUCUUGCUGUUUAACAGGAGUGGCUGUAGAAGUUACUGGACUGCUUUGCUGGAUGAACAUGAAAGGCCCAACGACCUGCAAGUAUUCUCUGUCUCUCCUGCUAAUGGCAUUUUGGAGGCACGUGAAGGGGACCUACCUACAAGGGAGGUUUUGCAGAUCAGCUUCACUGCAAGGAGUGACACUGAAUACGAAGCUACGGUGACCAUUGCUGGGAUGCUGGGAGAGAAGCCGUGCAAGCUCCAGCUCAGGGCACGGGGAACAUACGAUGGAAAAUAUGAAGACCCAUAUUUGAGUUAA